AUGAGGUCGCUGGAGGGAGCGCCGGCCGACGUCUCGGAGCAGGCACACCUAUCGGAGCUCUGCGUGGAAGACGGCCAGUCUCCCCGCUCAGUGGACCUGGACGGCGACUUUACCUACCGGCUGGUGGGCGUCGUCAGCCACUACGGCAGCGCCACGCACUCUGGGCACUACGUGUCGGAUGUGUACAGCGUCGGAAGGGACAGGUGGUUCCACUACGACGACCGGCGCGUCAGCUGUGUGGACGAGGCCAGGUCAUGUUUCAAGAGCUCUGGCCGGAGAAGAAACGCCGUCUGCAGCCAGCAGCCGUGCGGCCUCAUCCUACACACCUUCUCAGGCGAGCCUUUGAAGGUCCGAGGUGAGGUACAGAUGGACGUGGUGUACCGGGGAGAGUCGUUUAGCCUGCCCCUGGUAGAAGUUGAUGGGACAGGGCCGCUGCUCUUCGGCAGGAACUGGUUGGAGAGCAUCAGACUGGACUGGAGAACCAUCUGCAUGGUGACGACGCAGACGCUGGGAAGCGGAGUUGAGUCUGUGCUGCAUAAGUACUCUGAUGUGUUUGCGGAUGAGUUGGGAUGUGCGAAGGGGAUUGUGGUAGAUAUCCCGAUUGACCCAGACACACGCCCCAUCUUCUACAAGCCCAGACCGGUACCGCUGGCGUACCGUGCUGCUGUCGACGCCGAGCUGGACCGUCAGAUCCGGGCCGGGCUGCUGGAACCGGUGAAACACUGCACGUGGGCUGCACCGAUCGUCACUGCACUGAAGGCGUCAGCAGGAUCCGAACAGGAACAUCUGCAGCGGCUGGAGGAGGUUCUGAGACGUCUGUUGGAGGCAGGACUGCGACUGCAGCGGAAGAAGUGUCAGUUCGCGGCAUCAGAAGUGGUGUAUCUGGGACACCACAUCACGGCAGAUGGUAUCAAACCAACAGCAGACAAGGAUCGCCCCAGCUGCCCGUUCCAGCUGAGACGGUGCACCUGAUGCAGUUCUUCGACUCGUCACCGGUCACCGCUGAGUCCAUCCGUCUGUUCACCGCCAGGGAUCCUGUGCUGAGUGCCGUUCUGCGCUUCACCAGAGAGGGCUGGCCGUCGGGCGACCUCGUGAUGCCAGAGCUGGUACAGUACCGAAGCAAGGAAGGUGAGCUGAGCAUUCAGGAUGGAUGUUUGCUGUGGGGGUCACGGGUGGUGGUACCCCCCAAGAUUCGGCCUAGAAUUCUGUCUAUGCUGCAUGAGGGACAUCUGGGAGAGAGUCACACGAAAAGUUUCGCUCGUAUGUAUGUCUGGUGGCCUGGGAUAGACAGAGAAGUCUCUGAACUGGUGCGUCACUGCCCGACAUGUCAGCAGUAUCGCCGACAGGCACCCGUGACGCCACUCAG